AUGUUUCAAACGCUGCCCUCCUGCGAAUUGUCGUCGGUAUCAUCGCUGAAGGUUUCAACAGCGAACGCGAGAUGUAACAGCGGCAAGCAACGCGGAAGCGUUUUCCUUCUCUUUGCGUCUUCUUCUUCUUCUUCUUCUUCUUCGGAACGAAAAGAUGACGACGGUGAGAAGAUUUCGUUAUCUGCGUCGCCGAACGAACAACACCAACAACAAAAACAGAUUCGUUCAUCAUCGCGGCGAUUAAUGCUCUCCUUGACCGCGGCCUCGCUUCCGUCGAUCGUUUCCUCGACGACUCUUGAAAAUACUCUUUGUGUAUCUCCUGUUUGGUCCUUCAAGAAGAAGAGCGUCGCACACGCGGGAGAAGAAAACACGGACAGCUCGGGACAAAUCAUCCAAAACCCAAAGGACUUGGGAGACGGUUUCAAGCGUUUCUACGGCGAAGCGACCUCGUCCUCUUCCUACGGUGGCUACGGCGGGUCCGAUAAUAACUUCGAUAAGUUCAAGUAUUAUUUCGAAAUCCCAUCCAAUUACGAGAAAGAUACGGUGAACAAAACGGAGAAAUCGACGAACGGAACCGACGCGAGGUGGGUGAACCCGAAGGAUAAAAAAGCGGAGAAGGCGUAUUGCAUAACGUUGCCGGGGUACACAAAGCUGAAAGAGGAUCGAAUGGGGACUUUUGAAGAUUUAGCGCUGAGCGAUUACACGUUGCAAGAUGCAAUUUACGUUGUAGAUGGGGAACCAACGAUCACCGAUCGAUACAUUGGAAAAAUAGAGCCAGACGAGGAAGGCAAGGGAGGCCGUCCCGGGCAGUUAUACGCGGAUUACGAUUUAGUCGGCGCGGAAUCAUUCGGGCAUAUUUUUGCCACGAUCACCGUGUACGGAGGGAGGUUAUAUUCAUUGUUCGUGUGGGUGCCGCCGGGAGGGAGCGUGGAAAACGGGAAGAGAAUGCGAGAUAGCUACCGAACGAUUGAGAACGUGAACCAAGAGCAGAUGAAAGCCGAUAUGGAAUUCUAUCGACGCUCUUAA